AUGGAAGAGAAGGUGGAGUACAUCCUGAAGCUCUUUCAAGAAGAUGGAGAUUCUUUUAUAAAGAAGGCAGAAAUGUACUACAAGAGGAGGCCUGAGUUCAUAGAAUUUGUCGAAGAAUCCAGGCAUGCCUAUCGAGCUUUAGCACAAAGAUAUGACAAGUUAUCUACAGAGUUACAAAAUGCCAAUACCACUAUUGCUACUUGUCUGCCAGAUCAAGUUCAUUAUUCUAUGGACGACGAUGAUGAGGAUUAUAAUGUCAAAGGUCACAAAGCUCCAAAAGGUGUCGGGCCUCCAAAAGGCGUUGAGCCUCCAAAAGGCAUCCAACAGAGUGCACCGCCUCCAAAUGUGCCCAAAGUUCCUAAUGCUCCAAUCAAGUCCUUGAAGGGUAUUAUAAGUGACGCGUCAAAGAAACUGUCUAAGAAACCAACAAAACCAACUUAUGCGCAGAUUAAGCCUAAGCCUCCUCCCAAGUCUGGUUUGACAGAGGCUGAAGCCUCUGAAGAGGUUGAUAAGCUUCAGAAAGAUAUAUUAGCAUUGCAGACUAUGAAAGAGUUUGUGAAGAGUUCUUAUGAAAAUGGAUUAGAAAAGUUUCGCAAAAUUGAGAGUGAGAUUAUGGAGAAACAGGACAGGGCUAGUAAAUUGCAAGAUGAAUUUGGUAUAACAAGCGUGAUUGAGAAUAACGAUGCACGGGAUGUGAUGGCAAAAACAGCACUCAAGUCUUGUCAGGAUACGUUGGCUCAGUUGCAGAGUCAACAAGAUAAGUCUAGUGAGGAAGCUGAGGCAGAGACUAAAAGGCUUGAGAAGGCUCGUCUAAGAGUGAAAGAACUCAGAAAAAAGUUUCUCCCUGAUGAACCUUCUGAUAAUGAAACCUCUGAUCAGCACGAUGAUCCAAAGGCACUAGGUGGAGAGUCGACAAGCAUAAACCAGGAGGUUGGCCCCCAGCGACAGAAAUUGGAGGAAAUUAUAGAGACCAUUAAAAAACUUGAUGAAUCUAGUGGCUCUAUCACAGUGACAGAACUAGCUGAGAAGAUAAAUGAACUUGUGAAUGAGGUGAUCCAUUUGGAAAGUUCAGUUUCGUCUCAGACUGUUCUAAAGAACAGACUUAAAACAGAAGCGGAUGAUCUUGAGUCACACAUACAGCACUUUGAAGAUGAGAAAGAAACCACGAAACAUGGACCACCAAAUGUGAGUGAGAGAGUGAAAGAUUUGGAAAAGAAACUAAAAUCAGUUGAGGUUUUAAACCAGAAUGUUAAGACUAACAACAAUAACUUUCGAACACAUUUGUCUGUGGUCCAUAGUAGCCUUGAUAAAGUAUCCGAGAAGCUUCACACUGUAAAAUCAGAUGAAGAAGGAGAGCAAUCACAAGAAGCAUCAGAUAGCGAAGACAAGGGACCAGAAAAGACUAAAGCACAUGACAUACCAAAGGUUCAAAGAGAAUCACCUGAUGAGGUUGAAGGUGGAGAUAUAAAUUCUAAUAAACCAACCACUACUGAUAUAUCAAAUGAAGAUAUUGAUCCUGAUGACGAGGCAAACUUGCCACAAUUGCUCUUGAAUGGCGUGGAAGAUAAAGACAAGAUUCUCAAAAAAGAGUACGAUACAAUUAUAAGAAACUACAAAGAAAUCAAAAAGAGAAUUCUCAAUGAGGAGAAGACUAGUGAUGCCCUCUUUCAAACAACAGUACAAGUCAGAGUACUGAGGAUUGCUGUUGCUAAGAGGGACAAAGAAAUUCAAGCUUUGCGCGAUAAGUUACAAGAGAAUGCACCUGAAGCAGGAGUCGCGACAGUAGGUGAAGAUGCACAUACUCAUCCAGAAGAUGAAGUGGAGGAAGAAAUCAAUAGUUUGAUAAAUGAAUCCAAACCAGAAUCACCUUUUGAGAAGAAACUCAAGGAUCAGAUUGACGGGAUCCUGGAUGAGAACCUUGAUUUCUUCUUACGGUUUAGUACCACAUUUCAUCAAAUACAAAAAUUCAAAAACAGUAUAACAGAUUUACAGGAUGAAAUCUCCAAAUUUAAGGCAAGGGAAGCGAAGAAAGCAGAAGGAAAACCUGAUCAACUUGACAUUGAAUUUAAAUCAGAUGUACGCGCAGUAUUCAGGCAUCUCAAUGAAAUAAAAUCCGAAUUAAGAGUAUGGUUAGAACAGAGUGACUCACUCAAGGAAGAACUUCAAACCAGAUUUUCUUCACUAUGCAGUAUUCAACAAACAAUAAUAGCAGCUCUGAAGGAAGGUGUUGAAAAAGACGAGAUCGCGUUCACCAGUCAUCAAGCAGCAAAGUACCAGGGUGAAGUUCUGAACAUGAAGCAAGAGAACAAGAAGGUUAAUGAGGAGUUGCAAGGAGGAAUAGAUAAUGUAACUUCACUCCAGACUGAAUGUGAAGAUGCAAUAAAAAAAUUGGACGAGGCAUAUGGACUAACAGAAAAUGCUGCGAGGAAUGUUAACAAGCCUGGAAUUCCAUUACGCUCAUUCAUCUUCGGGAAUAAAGAAAAGAAGAAGAAGCCUGGACUGCUUUCCUACAUGCAUCCGAAAAAAUGA